GGACCACGAACUUCCUCAUUUACGUCAUGUACUACACUGCAACCAGAAACCAGCCUAAGGGCCUCUUUUUCCGUAGACCGUCAGCAUGAAGCAAGAGUUGUGUCAGUUUAGUGGGUAUAAAAUCCACCCCGGCCAUGGCAUCCGAUUCGCAAGGGUCGAUGGCAAGGUCUUCAACUUCCUCAGCAACAAGUGCGUGGCGUCCUUCAUGAUGAAGCGCAACCCGCGCAAGAUCAAUUGGACUGUCCUGUACCGCCGCAAGCACAAAAAGGGCACGCAGGAAGAGGUGACCAAGAAGCGCACGCGGCGCACCACCAAGUUCCACCGAGCCAUCGUUGGCGUCACGCUGGAGCAGAUCCAGGCCAAGAGGAACCAGAAGCCAGAGGUCCGCAAGGCGCAGCGGGAGCAGGCCAUCAAGGCUGCCAAGGAGAAGGCUAAGGCAGCCAAGGAGAAGGCUAAAAAGAAUGCUCCUGCCAAGGUCCAGCCCAAGCAAGUCAAGCAGAAGGCUGCAGUCAACCCCAAAACCAAGGCCCCCCGUGUCUCAGGCAAGAGAUAGACCAUUGGAUCACUCUCAGUUCAGACCAUAAAUUAAUUUGCGUAUCUCCAGAAGUUCACAUUGAAUAUUGUCACCAGUUCAAAUCAUGCUCUAUGAGAGUUCACAGAUAUCAAUAAACAGCCAGAUUUUAGCCUGAAAACAGA